GCUUAAUUCACUUUUAAAUUGUUUUAUUGAAAAAUAUGAGCUACGAUGAUAUUUUACCAGUGAUUGGAAGUUUUGGUUGGCACCAAUGGAAAUUACUUAUUCUUGUGAGCUUUCCAUUUAUGGCAAACUUUUUUUUCAAAGUUGGAAACGUGGCUCUUGUUAUAUCGCCAAAAUAUAGAUGUAUGUUACCAUUUGAAACAGAAAAUGCAUCCUACUUUUUGAAUCAGACUCAAUUGGAUUAUUGGUACCCAUUGGACUUAAAAACGAAAACCCAUUCAUCAUGCAGAUAUAAGUUGAAUACUACCGAAUUGAAUUGUGAUCGAUAUAUUUUCGACAACUCGUUCGGAAGAACUGUGGCUGUUGAGUUCGAAUUAACCUGUGAUAAGGACUACUUGAUUGCUACAUCAAAUUCCUUGAAUAUGUUCGGGAUGAUGAUAGGUGCUAUAUUUUUUGGUAGUGCUGCAGACCGGUGGGGUCGUAGGAAGAUUCUUAUAAUAACCAAUGUUAUCUACGGAAUAAUUGGGAAUGUGAUUAUAUUUUCUCCAAAUAUAUGGACUUUUCUAAUAUUGAGAGUUAUUCUUGGAAUGGUCAUUGCUGGAGGCUUUUAUGGCUCCUAUGUGAUACUGAUUGAAUCAACAGAGCCAUCAAAAAGACUAAUGAUAGGAACAUGCUUGAACUUGUAUUAUGGACUUGGAACAAUCCUCUCUAGCCUACUAGCAUAUCUUAGUCCAACAUGGAAAGUUUUGCAAGUCCUAUUCACCGCUUUCGGUGCACCAUGUAUCCUUUAUAUUUGGGUGCUCCCAGAAUCAGCUAGAUGGCUUAUUUCAAAAAACAGAAUAACUGAAGCUAGAAAAAUUAUCAAGAUCAUUGCCAAAGAAAAUAAAAGAACUAUUUUGGAGGAACAUUUGGAAUAUUGCCUUACCGAAGCAAGAGAUGCCGCAAGAGGAAAGAUUAAUGCAUCUGUAUAUGAUGCAAUGCGAUACCCUACAUUAAGGACAAGGAUAUUUAUUUUAAUGUUCUUAAACUUCGUCUGUUAUAUUGUUGUAUUUGGAAUUACUUGGCAUAUUCCCAAGUUCAGUGGAAAUGUGUAUACUAAUUUAGCUCUAAUGGGACUUUCUGAUUUGCCCACUUUUGUCAUGGUUCUUUUUACUGCUCAACGAGCUGGACGCAGACCUGUCAUAUUUACAUAUAUGAUUAUCUCUAGCUUGUGUUUGGUAAUCACAUUUGUAAAACCGUCAGCUGCAGCUUGGGUGCUAACAUGGUCUUUAAUAAGUAAACUGUUAUCAGGAUCAACCAUGUGUUUAAUUUAUGUAUUGUCUAGUGAACUUUACCCCACAGUUUUUCGAAAUGCAGGGUUAGGACUUGGUGCUAUAGCUGGAAGCUUAGGUGGAAUAUUUGCGUCAUACAUAUUUUAUUUGGAAUUCUUUUGGAAACCUUUGCCAAAUAUUAUAUUGUCAGGAUUGCUGCUUAUUGCCUGCGGUCUAAUCCUUCUGCUUCCCGAAACAUUUAAUAAGAAACUACCAGAAACUUUAGAAGAAGGAAAUCGCUUUGGAAAAUAGAAUGUAAAAAUUGAAAUAAUAAAUAGGUGUCUAUAUUUAUUAUUUCAAUUUGGUAAUACGUAUUUUGGGUUUGCAGUUUUUUGCUAAUUUGUUUUAUUAAAUAAUUUUUUGGUGCAA